AUGUCAAAUGAUGUCAUGCAUGAUGUGGGAGGAUCCGCUGAUGUCAUGCAUGAUGUGGUUGAUGAUGUCAUGCAUGAUGUAACUGCUGAUGACAUCAAUGAUGUCAGCAAUAAUGGACACCUGCCGGUUGAAUUAUGGACAGAGGAGGGCCUGAGUACGGCGGCCAGCGGUAUUGGCAAACCCCUAUAUCCGGAUGCAAUAACGAGAGCAUGCACGAGAUUGGACUUUGCUUGGGUAUGCGUGAUGUUGGAUGUGAGUUCCAACUUACCUAAACAUAUUAUCAUUAUGACGCCUGAUGAAGAAGGGGGAGAGACACCGUGCAAAAUUGAUGUGGAGUAUGAGUGGAUACCUCCAAAAUGUACCAGUUGUUUGACGCUAGGAUAUUCUGCAAAGGAUUGUGAGAUUCAUAAAUCAUCCAGACCUAUUAAACCUCCAGUCACCGUUUACAUUCCUAAAACGGGACCUGCGAGACCACCACCUGUGCAGGAUCAGAAGGAGAGAAUACCACCAUGUCGAGGAAUAGAUAAACAGAGAGAUGGACGUGAAUAUUCAUUUGUGACGGGAGAUUGA